AGGAGUGGAGAGAUCCCUGACUCCUGAGAGAGAGAGAGGAGAGCCAUGGCCCAAAUCAGCGAUGUGGCGGAUGCCUUGGCCGUCUUCGAUGCGGCGCGCCAGGAGUUGGCGUGGGCGUACAGCGGCGACUUCGCCGGCGUGCCCGAGCCUAUGAAAGGGGCGGUGCGUACGAUCUCGGAGGUGCUGAAUGAGGCGGAGAUGCGGUGGGUGACAUCCACCACCAGCAGCGAGGAGGAGAAGACGAGGACAGUGGUGGUGGUGGAGGAAGAGACCCAGAUCAAAGACUGGUUGGUGAGGCUCAGGGAGGUCGCCUGUGAGAUGAGGGCCGUGGCCCGGAAGGAAUUAUUGCUAGAGGAGUGCAGGGUUGACAAUAAGCAGCGUGCAAGGUGGCUCCCCUGCCUCCCCAGAGCUACCAAAACUACCAGAACUGUUCCUACCACCAUUGACGUUGUUGCCGAGAAGCUGGAGGAGCUAAAGAACCAAUAUGAGAGGUUCGGAUAUACCACCGGGCUACCUCUUGCCACCUGCACGGGGACGCCGCCAUCGCCAUGCGUUGGUGGUCAAGAAGAGAUCACCACCAUUGUUACAGCUGACGUGCUGGUGAGGGGUGACGACAAGCAGAGGAUAAUCGACAUCACUACCGCUGAUCAAAUAGUUAACACAGACGAUGAUUAUUCUCCGGCGACCAUAUUGCCCAUAUUUGGCCCCCCAUGCGUCGGCAAGACAGCGCUGGUUAGAUCGGUCUUCGGUGAUGAGAGAUUCAGAGAUUACCUCAAGGUCAUGAUCAGUAUGCCCAAGGGGUGGGAGUUUAUUGUCCAGGAAAUUUUCAGAGAAACGGCGAUACCUGUACGCUCUGGUGGUCUCUGUAGUACUAAGUAUGUGACUAAUCUAGUAAGAGACGAGCUUGACAUGCGCAACAAGAGGCUGCUCCUUGUAUUGGACGACUUGAUGGGGUGCAGCAAAGAGCAGGAGCAGGACGACGACGUGCUGGAACAUCUGCGCAGGUUCCUGUAUGAUGUUGACAGUAGGGUCAUUGCGAUAGUGGUUACACCGAGCGAAGCCAUUGCAGAGUACAUGUCGAAAACACUCAAGCCAUACCGGUUGCACCCGAUGACUGAUGGCAUGUGCUGGGAGAUAAUCAAGGGAACAGCAUGUGGUCUACAACAAACAAGAACUACUGCUGGUGAUCAAGGAGAAGCAGCAGUAUCAUCAGAGAUGAUGGGGCCUGAGAUUGCGAGCAAGUGUUCGGGUCUACCAUUAGCAGCAAAAGCUCUUGGGCGCUACUACCUGCAGUCGUCGUCCGUGAAACUGAAACCUGCGGAAUGGCCAGGGGAAGGAGAGAACCCGGAUAUCUGGAACAUUAUUGGAAGAGGAGGAGGAGGAGGGUUUCCUCCGGCUGCUUCACAGCUACCCCUUCACAGUCUCGUCGUGUUCACCCGCUUGAGGCAAUCCUGCAGCAGCCGUCUGGGAGCUGAAUCGUGGCUGUCCUUUGCUUUUUGUGCCUUCGUCUUACCAAAGGGCAAGGGCCACAGCUUGGUCGCGCGUGACCUGCUUAACCACUGGUGUUCUCUCGGUAUCACUACACGUCAGCGUGGCACGUCAUGUGUCUCGGAGCUUUUGGACCGUUCGCUUCUUCUCCGUGACAAACCAUCUCUGACUGUGGCUGCAACAUUGUUGACAUGGGAAAGUCUCAUGCACGAUUUCGCAAGCUAUCACUUUGGCAACGUAUGGGUUGUUGUGGAUCGUAUACAAAAUGGUGCCACACCACAGUCACCUUCUGCAAAUAAGAGCAUCAGCAGCAGCCGGGCCUACAUGGCAUUGACUCUGGCAGCAACGUUGUUGAGAAUGGAAGACCUCAUGCACGAUUUCGCAAGCUAUCUCUUAGGCGACCGGCUGAUUGUUGUGGAUGGUGGUAGACGAAAUGGCGCCACGGCGCCACCAUCGUCUUCUGUAAAUAAGAGCAGCUGCAGCGCCUACUUGGCAUUGGUCAGAAAUCUGGAUGCCAAGUCACUAGAUAUAUCAAGCACACUACCCGCUGGGAUACUAGCGCUCCGGUUUGAGGACUGCGGACAAACGGAGCUCAGCGACGGCGAGUUCGCAUCUGCCAAGUACGCCUGCCUUCGCCUGCUGGACCUAAGCGGAUGCUCCGCGAAGACCAAGAAGCUGCCAUACUCCAUUCGUCACCUGAAGCAGCUGAGGUACCUGAAAGCUCCAGGGAUACAGGACCAAGUGUUCCCCAAGCCUAUCAUCACGGGGCUCCACAAACUAAGAUACCUCAACCUGCAGGGGUCUUGCCAACUCGCAGACCUAACCGACGCAUUCCAGAGGCUCAGCAACCUGCUCCACCUGUACCUCUCCGGCUGCUCGGGGCUCAAGGCGCUGCCCGCUUCGUUCGGGAGGCUCUGGAGGCUGGAGCUCCUGGACCUGUCGGCGUGCUCCGGCCUGGAGUCCCUGCCCGAGGACUCCUUCGGCUGGCUCCGGAGCCUGAGGCAUCUGGACCUGGCCGGCUGCUCGGGGCUCAAAGCGCUGCCCGGCUCGUUCGAGAAGCUCGCCGGAGUGCUGCGGUACCUCGACCUGUCGCGCUGCUCGGGUCUAGAGCUCCUGCCCAGCUCGCUGGGUCGGUUCAGCGAGCUGCGUCACCUGGACCUGUCGGAGCUGUCGGGGAUAACACGGUUUCCCGACAGAUGGCCGGACAAGUUGGUGCACCUGGACCUGUCGGGCUGCUCGGGGCUAACGGAUAUGGCACCUAUUUACCGGAUAGACAGGCUGCGGUACCUAGACCUGUCGGGCUGCUCGCGGCUACAAGCGCCGUCCGAGCGAUUUCUGGAGGACAUCAGGCGCAAAGGAAGAGCAAGCGGGCCGAAAGAUGCUAGCCUCAAGUGAAAGUCAAUGGACCAGUCUUCACUCUGCUCUAAAAAGAAGAGAAAGAAGAAGACAACGACGACAUGCCUGCGUGGGUGCCUUGGUGGUAAGCGCGUGGCUUUCCGUCAGUUACCAUGGCCUCGUUUGGUAACGUUCUAGAAUUCUAGAACACGCAAACUGGGAAAAAAAAACUUGUAUGCAUAAAAUAUUAAAUAAAAGUUAUUUGCAAAAUUUUUUCA